GGUACCCAGGUACCCAGGUACCCAGCUCUGGGAGCCUGGGAGCUGCUACACUCACCACAAGCUGUCAGUCACUCGCUCACUCACACUCACUGGCCUUGAUGAUCGAGGGCCGACCAGGGACAAGUAACAAGGGCCUUCCUAGCUCCAAACCUGCUUCCCUCUGUCCUGUUCAACACUUUCUCCAGCUUGCCCGCUCCGAUAAUUCGACCCUCUUGCUUCCGAGGUCGUCGUCCCCAGCACAAAUCUUUGCCUCGUUGACGGCAUCGACCGGUACCGUCGUGCAAUUGCAAUUGCAGCAGCCCCGCCCCGUUGCAGCCACGGCCAAGGCCCAGUAAUCAUCAAACCACUGUCAUAUCGAUCGCCCUCUGGGAAUAUCCGAUUCCCAAUUGACCCUUCCCAGCCAACUCUGCCAACCUCUUUUUGUAUCCCGGUGCUCUCUCACCUGUCGGCUCUUCGACUCUGGAAUCCCACCUCGAGCCUCGAGCCCAUCUUUUGCCUCCCGAAGCGCAUAUCGCUCUCCCCGUCGCCUGUCAAGCACAAGACCGAAUCAAGUAUCGCCAAUCCAGCAUGGUUUCCUUCACUUUCAAAUGGCCGCACCCCGGCGACGAGGUCUACGUCACAGGGACCUUUGACAACUGGAGCAAGAGCGAGCAGAUGGAAAAGGUCGGCGACAAGUUCGAGAAGAGUGUCGAGCUGCCCGAUUCCUCCGAGAGGAUAUACUACAAGUUCGUCGUCGACGGCACCUGGACGUCCAACCCAACAGAUCCCAAGGAAAAGGACGAGAGCGGCAACGAGAACAACGUCCUCACCCCUGAAGCCUUAUUAGCAACUCUGCCCGCCGCUGCCGCCACCAUGAACUCCGUCAGCGCAGACGCCACCACGGCCCAAUUGGCCAAGGAUGUCCCCCUGGAGAAGGACAUCAACGCUGCGCCUGAGCCCGAGACCACCGAGACCAAGGCAGAGAACGGAGACGCGAAGCAAUCCGACCUGCCCGGGUCCUUCCCCGAGACGCCCGCCGAUGAGCUUAACAAGACUGUCGGCGUGAACCCUCUCCCUGCUGCCGCCGGUGGCCUCAACCCCAUCAAGCUGGCACCUGGCGAGCCGGUUCCCAAUGACCUCAAGACUGCCGAUGUAAACUCGAACGUCAAGCUGGAUGCCGAGUCCUACGAGAAGAGCGACGCGCUUCCUGGAGUCGACUCCAAAGAUCUGAGCGUCCCCCCAGUCUCUGGCACCAUGAUCCCCGAGUCGAGCCUGCCGAUGGGUACCGCGGACCCUCACAUCAACUCUGUCAGCGCCGACUCGACAACGGCAGCCCUGGCUGCGGAAGUGCCAAAGGAGCCCAAGGUUCCUGAGGUUGUCAAGGAGAGCCAAGACAAGGCCGGCGUCGACCCCGAGGCCAGCGGCAUCGCAGAUGAGGUCAAGGAGAAGGAGCAGGUGGAGGCGGAACUGAAGGAGAAGGUUCCCGAGGCCCCUUCGACGUCCGAGGGCACCGCCGGCAAGGGGACUGAGAAGUCCGAGAAUGACAAGACCUUGCUCGAGACUGCCGCAGCCGCCGCCGCCGGUGUUAGCGCUGCUGCCGUCGCCACUGCCAUCGCCGCCAAGGACAAGGCCGUCGAGACAGCUGCCCCCGUCGCGGCCCAGAACCUGCCAGACUCUGUCAAGGAGAAGCUGCCCACCUCCGUGCAGGAGACCAUCAACGCCACUGGCGCGGAGAAGACGAUCGAGACGGUGUCCCCCGAGGUCCCGUCCGAAGUCAAGGACUCCAUUGUCGAGGCUGGUAAGAGCCCUGAGGCUGCCGCCAACACCGCCGCCGUGGAGGAGAAGAAGGCCGUCGAGGCCGAGCUUCUCAAGGAGGUCAAGCCUGUUGAGCCCGCAGAGGCCUCCAAGUCUGAGCCAGCCAAGGCUGCUGAGGAGGCUCCCAAGGCUACCGAGGAGGCUCCCAAGGCCACCACCGCCGACGAGCCCAAGGUUGUGGAGCCGCCUGCGGCGGCCGCGGAGGUUCCCAAGGUCAGCGAGCCUACCGGCAAUGGGGCUAGCAAUGGCACCACCGCCAAUGGUUCCGAGGCACCAGCGACCCCGGCCAAGAACAAGGACGCGAAGCCCUCGGAUUCGACGCCCACUUCUGCGACAUCAGAGCAGAAGAGGAAGAACAGGAUCAGCGGAUUCUUUGGCAAGAUCAAGGCCAAGAUUGCAAACAAGGACGCCCACAAGACCGCCAGCAAGACCGCCAGCACUGACGCCAGCAAGGAGCCUGCAAAGGAACCCGCAAAGGAGCCCGCAAAGGAGCCUGCGACGGAGACCGCCGCGGACUCCAGCAAAUAAGCGCCGGCUCACCCCUCACCAUCUUUCAUGGUGUUUAAGAGGAGAGAUUGCGAUGUUCGGCCCCGUCGCGGUCACUUCUCCCUCGAGAUCAGAGAUACCAUUCUGCGAUGUUGAUGAAAUUUUCCUUACUUCCCUGUCCAGUUGAGACCCCGAGAUCGCGUGGGACAGGAUCUCCAGAAUACCCAAUUUUCCCUCUUGAACUCACCUCCCUUACUCUCGAUCUUUUGAUGAAUCUGAACACACAUAAUUCCCGACUCACCCUAUCGACACGCCCCCCUGUCGAGUAACGUCCCUAAUCUUAAAGAGACUGUGGAGAAAGAAGGGGAGGGGGCCGCGGCUCGUGGCCGGUGGGCAUUUGGAUCGACAUCAGGUCGAUCAUUGAGGUUUAUAUGCACGUGUUUUAUGGGCAUCGGCAUCGGCAUUUCAUGUUGACACGAUGGGUAAUCAAAUUCUGCCAGGUUGGAGUGGGUGGUCGGUCUUCUUUGCCUGUGAAAUCUGACUUCUAUCAAACAGAUCGGGGUUGGCAGUUUAGUCUAAGUCUUGUUUCAGUUUCCGAUGUUCCUAGUCUUUCCCUCGCAAUAUGAUCAUCAACAUACGCACG